CUCCACAGUUCUUCACCUACCACCGUCAGAUUAAAAUAUAAUUUUUAAUAUUUUUUGUGAAACAAAUAUAUGUUUACUUGAACAAUGAAGUGGAUAUUUUAUGUUAUAGUGUUCAUUUAUAUGUUUUAUAGAGCAGUUUAUGGAAUAAAACCAAAAGAAUUGAACAGUUUGUCGGUCGAAGAAAUUAAAUAUGGACCUGACAAGCAUUACUACCCAGCCGGUAUCCGUAAGACGAUUAGCUGUAAAGGGGCAAAUAAAAACCAAAAGGUGGAAUGGGUAGAUCCGAACGGUAAAAUUAUUAAAAGAGUAUCGAAGAACAGAGUGUUUGUACAAGAACACUUUGUGCCAACAUCGACGCUGCGCACGCGUGUUCCGGCGCUGGUGCUUGUUCUUACACAUGCUACAGUUGACGACAGUGGCCUCUGGGAGUGUCGAUCAGGAGACAUCAAGCGCAACGUAUCCCUCUGUAUUAUAGAUCCGUCUAAAUUUGUCGACACACCGACAGAAGUGAGCGUUGACAAAGGUCGGUCUAUAACAUUGUCCUGUCAGGCUCGAGGGGAACCGGAGCCGAGGUUGAUUUGGUACAGAAAUGGGGAAUUGAUAACAGAGGAUGAAGAAUCUGAUAAAUAUAGGGUGAUGACGAAAUACAACAGUCAAGGGUUCGAAGGUCUGUUGACAAUAAGUUCUCUGGAGGCGGAGGACAGUGGUGUUUACACUUGCGAAGCCAUUCAAGAGAGUCCGCACGACUCCAGCUGCGCCAAUACAGAGAGCUUCAAUAUUACAUUACAAGUCAACUAUGCUCCCGUGUUCGCGGAUGCCAACGAAACUGAAAUUGUUUAUCAACUAGAGAAUGAAAGUGUUGACGUAGUAUGCUCAGCUAGCGGAUUUCCGACACCGACUUACACGUGGUUCAGGGAUUUAGGCGAAACUCUGUUUGAAUUCCCCGAUGAACGAGUUAAUCUGCAAGACGGCUCUAAAGCCGUGUUGACACUACCUUCUAAUGCGACCAUAUCCUCACGAAGGUAUAAAUGUCGGGCGACCAACCAAUAUGGAGAGGCUUAUAAAGUAUUUGUCAUAUACAAAUUGGAAAGUCCUACGAAACCCAGCGAGGUAAAGAAAAGUUUAAUUUUAACGCGUUCAAUCGACAAAAAGCGACAACGAUUAUCCCAUCAAAUGCGCAAUAGAAUACAGAUAACGGGUCAAGUAGCACACCAUGACAACGUUUAUCUAUAUGUUAAAUGGGCUGAAGAGAUGUCAUUCCCGGUAAAAGCCAUAGAGGUUCAAUAUCUCGAAAAGGGAAGUUUGCCAAGAAGGAAAAUAGAAAGUCUUAGAGAAGGAGAUUGGAGAAAAUCUAAGAAAGUAGAAAUAGAUUUGGAGUCAGCCGAGGAUGUGGAAGCGGACAGUGAAGGGUUCUAUUUUACUCUGUCUGAUUUGGAAUCGGAUACUGAAUAUUGGAUACGUUUGCGGGCUAUCAAUGAAGCUGGAGAGUCACCUUGGUCGGAACCAGCACUCGUAAAAACUGUUGAACAAGUUGAAACUGAGGAACCCGAAGAAGAAGCUAAAGAAGAAAGUAAUGAAGAGACUAGUGAAGAUACAGAUGAGAGUGCAGUCCCUGCUGGUUUGGCUUACUCUGAUGCCACGUUUUAUGGCGUUUUCUUUGCUGGUGGUAUCGUUGUUUUUGCUGUAGCUUGCAUGUUUUUGAUGAGAUUAGUAUAAUAUUAUGCAAUGGAAGUAGUAAUUUGGGAAUAUUUGAAUUAAAAAUAUUGUAUGAAUUAUUUGUUCUAUUAUCUAAAAGUGGCUGAAAUAAAACAUUGAUUAUUACUAAAGGUUAGUUCCUUUCUUUAUUAUAGAAUACCAGUGGAACUAAACCUUUAGUAAUGAACUGUAACACAUUAGGAAACUAUUAUUCAACCUAUAUCAUCGCCGAAAAAUUAUUUGUAAUUUGUAAAGCAAUACCAAUUUGUCUAAUUAAAUUAUUUAUCUGUACUUGAUAACCUUUGGAACAUUCUUUAAACAGAAUAUAAGCGAAAAGUGAAGAUAUAUCAUGAAUAUGAUUUAAUUUUGAAAGCUGUUUUAAUAUUAACACCAGCAUGAAUGGAGCGGUUUAGUUAUAACCGAGCACAUCAAUUCCAGUUGAAGGCACAUAUUACACCAAACAUUAAAUCAGCGCGCCUGGAGGUCUUGAUACAAAUUUAGUAAUAAAUGUAUUACAAAUUGCUUAGUGUGAAUAUUAAUAUUUGUAACGUUUAAAUAGAUUUUUCGACCAUA